CACUAGUGGUUAGAGCAGACCAGACUGAGCCACUGAGCCACAGCCGCAAUCACGUCAAUUAAUGGACUAGUAAUAAAUAAGAAUAGCGCAAAAUACAACUCGGCAAGCAAUAUGAACUUUCCUCUAGCGAAUGCCAACAAGGAUACGCUGAGAGCGGCCUGCAAGAAAUGCGGCUACGCUGGUCACCUGACCUACCAAUGCCGCAAUUUUCUCAAGGUUGAUCCCAACAAGGAGAUACUGCUCGAUGUGGAAAGUACCAGCUCAGACUCGGAGCUUGACUAUUUGACACCACUAACCGAGCUGCGCGCUCAGGAGCUCAAGGGCGGCGGCGGUGGCGGCAAAGGCGACAUUGUGCCAGCUGCAGCAGCAACAACAACAACAGCAGCAACCGCAACAACAGAUAAGAAAAGCAGCAGCAGCAGCAAAAGCAACAACAAUAGCAAGAGCACCAAGAGGAGCAGCAGCAAAACAGCAGCAGCGAAACACAACAACACUAAAGCCGAACAGCGACACAAGAAGCGCAAGAGAAAGAGCAAGAACAGGAAGCACAAGAAGAACAGCGACGACACCAAAAUCAGGACCACCAGCAGCAGCAGCAGCAAAGAGGUGUCCAAGAGACACAAAAGCAACAACAGCAGCACCAGCAGCAGCAAGAAAUCGAAACGUCGUCGCCCCGCCACCAGCAGCAGCAGCAGUUCGAGCUCAUCAUCGUCAUCAUCAUCAGCCAGCGAGACAUCCAGUUCGGAUACGGAUUCGUCCAGCAGCGACACGGAAUCCGAUUCGAGUGACAACGAGGAGUCGAGCACGAGCGAAUCGGACGAGUAUGGCCGGAAGAAGAAGCGUCAGGGCAAAUAUAAGCGCAAGGCGGAGACGUCAGCGCCGCGACGCAAGAAGGCGAAGGCCAAACGCAAGCGGCAUCGUGUCGCCAGCUCCAGUGCACCGGGCGCCAGCAGUUACCUCAGCAGCCUCAGCGAUAGCAGCACCUACUAGCAACGGACUACCCAAAGCAGCACCACUUUCCACGCAUUUAGUUUCGUCUAUCGUUUAGUUAAACAAAACAAAAGCAGACAAUGGAAAACAGCAAGUUAGGCGAGUUAUUCCUAUAUAUAUAUA